AGGGGUCAAUAACAUUCAAGGAUGUGGCUGUGGACUUUACCCAGGAGGAAUGGCGCCUGUUGGACCAUUCUCAGAAAGAGCUGUACAGGCGGGUCAUGCUGGAGAAUGUACAGAAUCUACUCUUCGUAGGUAGCUUCAGGUGAAAUCUUAAAACUUUGUAAGAGAUGAACAUUUCUGAAGCUAAUCACAAAAGUCAUCAAGCGGACCUUCUAAUUAGACCUGAAAUUUGUGUGCAGAUUCUCUGUUGAUACCAAGGCAGAUUUUCCUUGCAGGUGGCCAUUGAAGGGGACACUCUACCUGCCAGGGCAGCCCCUUCCCAUUUGGGAUGAGUCUGGUCUUUAGAAAGGAAUUUUUGUUUAGAAGUAUUCAUGGGGGAGGCAGUGCCAAGAAGGCUGCAUAGCAGAGGCAAAAGCUGGAGCCACCCUGAGAAUCUCACACCUUAAAAGAGUGCUUCUAGAAUUCUAGUAUCACAGAAUGAACAAGGGUCAGAGUAAGGUGAAGCUCCUGAGGAAAACAACUUGAAAGAGGCAGAGACUUAUUUUGAAAUGAAAGAGAUGUCUACAAAGCUGAGCCUUUUUGUGGAAGGAUCUGGCCCUCCAAGAGGCAUGAAUAGGAGUACCUGCAAUUUCAUUUUGAGAGAAAUCUAUGACUCUAAUAUCAAGGCAAAUAGAAAUCCAAAGAGUGACUGUGAAUUUGAUGAAAUUGAAGAGAAAUUCAGCCAACAUUCAGUCCAAAAUCAGUAUACAAAAUUGACCUCAGGAAGUGACUGUUGUCUGGAUAGUGAAUACACCAACUGCUUUCCUGAAAAAGUAGGAUUUAACCAGUCGCAUGAGAAACCUCCUGAAAUGCUCAUGUAUCAAGGUAACCUAGGGAGAAUCACCUAUGGCUCCAGUUUAGACCUCAGAAGUCAUCCAAAGAGUCAACAUGUAAAGAUGCUUUCUGUAAGUAACAAAGGGACAAGAUCUUUCAGUCAGAACUGUGAGCAUGGUUCAUAUAAAAAAAUCCAGUCUGGAGAGAGACCUUAUGAAUGUACAGAAUGUGGAAAGGCUUUCUCAUUUAGGGUUGGUCUUGCUAGACAUCAAAGAAUCCACACUGUAGAAAAACCUUAUAAAUGUACAUACUGUGGAAAGACUUUCACAUGUAGGGACAAUCUUGUUGCACAUCAGAGAAUCCACACUGGAGACAAACCUUAUGAAUGUAAAAACUGUGGAAAGGCUUUCACACAGAGGAGUCAUCUUACUGAACAUCAAAGCAUCCAUCCUGGAGACAAACUUUAUGAAUGUAAACAGUGUGGAAAGACUUUCACACAAAGUGGCACUCUUGCUAAGCAUCAUAGAAUUCACACUGGAGACAAACCUUAUGAAUGUAAACAAUGUGGAAAGGCUUUCACACAAAGCGGCAGUCUUGCUGAACAUCAGAGAAUCCACACUGGAGAGAAACCUUAUAAAUGUACACACUGUGGAAAGGCUUUCACACAGAGAGGAACUCUUGCUAAGCAUCAAAGCAUCCACACUGGAGAUAAACCUUAUGAAUGUAAACAGUGUGGAAAGGCUUUCACAUGUAAGGACCAUCUUGCUGUACAUCAGAGAAUCCACUCUGGAGAGAAACCUUAUAAAUGUAAACAGUGUGGAAAGGCUUUCACAUGUAGGGGCCAUCUUGCUGUACAUCAGAGAAUCCACUCUGGAGAGAAACCUUAUGAAUGUACACAAUGUGGAAAGGCUUUCAUACACAGGUUGAGUCUUGCUGCACAUCAGAGUGUCCACACUGGAGAGAAACCUUAUGAAUGUACAGAAUGUGGAAAGACAUUCACAUGGAGGGGAGAUCUUGGUAAACAUCAGAGAAUCCACACUGGAGAGAAGCCUUAUGAAUGUAAACAGUGUGGAAAGGCUUUCACACAGAGGGGCUCUCUUGCUAAACAUCAGAGAAUCCACACUGGAGAGAAACCUUAUGAAUGUAAACAGUGUGAAAAGGCUUUCACUCGGAAGGGCCAUCUUGCCAGACAUCUCAGAAUCCACUCUGGAGUGAAACCUUAUGAAUGUACACAAUGUGGAAAGGCUUUCAGGGAGAGGGGCUGUCUUGCUGCACAUCACAGAGUCCACACUGGAGAGAAACCUUAUGAAUGUACAGAAUGUGGAAAGGCUUUUACAAGGAAGGGAGAUCUUGGAAAACAUCAGAGAAUUCACACUGGAGAAAAACCUUAUAAGUGUACACAUUGUGGAAAGGCUUUUGCACGGAGGGGCCAGCUUGCUCCACAUCAGAAAAUCCAUGCUAGAGAGAAACUUUAUGAAUGUAAUAAAUUUGGAUAGCCUUUCUCUUAAAGCUCCACAGUUAUUUCAUGCCACAAAAUCUCCCAUGGAGAGAAACCUCACAAGUGAGGCUGAGCUUAUAGUUGCCACUCAUAGCUUAUUUAACAGAGAGGAUCUGCACUAGAGAGAAACUUUAGGAAUGUUAUCAAUAUGAUAAGGCCUUCAUGCCAUAAUCAUCUUUUAUUCCCAAGGAAGAAUUCUUAUUAUACAAUAAUAUUAUUCUUAUUCCUGUCAUGAAUGAAGAAGGAUAUUGAAAUAGAGAGUCCAGAGCUUGUUCAGUAUGAGAUUUUCUGUAGGAAGGCUUUCAGCCAGAGAUCAUCUCUUCAUAUCAGACAAUUCAUAGUGGAAAAAACCCUAAUGAAUAUGUUCAAGUUUAUGUGUUUUCCUCAGGAGGAGGGUAAUUAGUAGCAUUUGAAGAAAUGCAAAUGAUCUGAGGGACCAGCCCACAUCUAUUAGUUUGGCUAUUAUGGAAGAAAAGGAAAGUGUGAAAAGUUGGAGGAGCUGUUGGACAAUUGAAAAAUAAAUGAACUUUGGGGCUGUGUGUCAAGAAUUGAGCCAUUCUUGAGAGAUCAUUUUGGAACUGUGUCCAUAGGGUAUUUAAAAACAAAAAAGGAAAAGGACCUAUAUAAAAAAUAUAAAACACUUCAAGGUGCUCUUUUUGAGGUGACAAAAAAUUGGAAAUUAAAGAGGAAACUCAUCAUUUGGGAAAUGGCUGAGCAAAUGAUGGCAUAUGAUUGUAAUGGAUUCUUAUUUUAUAUUUAAUGACGAGAAGGAGGAGCUCAGAAAAACCUGAAAAGACUUCAGAACUGAUGCAGACUAUUUAAUAUAAUAAAAAUUAUCCAUUUUACAUUUUGUAAUGUUCCCUAUCUCUUGUUUGGUCUUAAAUUCCUUCUUUUCCCAUAUAUUUGACAGGUAUACUGUAACCUCCUGUAGUAACAUAUUAAAAUUCUUGUGGGUGGACACCUGAGAAGGAGAUUAGAAACUGAGGGAAAGUGGAUACAAGAGAGUAAGAGAGAGACAGAGAGAGAAAGGAAUAAAGACUCAGAAACAGGGAGUUAAAAAAAUAUGGGCUCCAUUGUCCGUGCCCCUCUGAUGGAAUUGAGAGAGAGCUCUAUACAGGUUCUCAAACUUUUAUUGAAGACUUUAGGAAUGUGGAGUGGGAGGUAACUAAUGAACAUGUGACAUGGGAUAAGUUUUAACAUUGGCUCAAUUGACAAUCACAUAAUUAAAGAGGAGGAGGUUAAUCAAACAUGUGACUUGGUAAGGAAUGUGGUCUUAACAAGGUGGGAGCUAGGGCGCUGUGGCAAAUUUGGCCUGCUCAGGAAUUCUUUUGUCCUUUGCAAUAAAGAUUUGGAAAUACAAUAAUCAAUAAGUAACAUGACCAUGAAUCUGGUAUAUGAACACAUAAGAUACAAUGUCAAUAUACCAAUAUACCUCCAAGAUGCUAAUAUACCUGGUGUGCUACAUAUGAUAUUUCAAAUUCCUCUAAUUUACUUCUAAUACCACUCUUUAUAUUUAAGUCCCAUACCCAUUGUGAAUUUCUCUUGGUAUAAGCUGUGAGAAAUUAAUUGAAACCUAAUUUUUCCCAGACUGUUUUCCAAUUUUCCCAGCGCUUUUUGUCAAAUAUUGAGUUCUUGUCCCAAAAGCUGAGAUCUUUCAGUUUAUGGAACACUAGCUUGCUGAGGUCAUUUACCCCUAGUCUGUUUCAAUGAUCCAUCCUUCUGUCUCUUUGCCAGUACUAUAUUGCUUUUUAAAAAUUAAUUUUAAAUUUAAUUAAUUUAGAAUAUUUUCCCAUGGUUUCUUAAUUCAUGUUCUUUCCCUCCACCCUACCAGAGUCAACGAGCAAUUCCACUGGGUAUUACUUGUAUCAUUGUUUAAAACAGAUUUCCAUGUUAUUCAUAUUUGUAAUAGAGUGAUCUUUUAUCUCCAAAACCCCAAUUACAUCCCCAUUGAGUUAUGUGAUCAAUCAUAUAUUUUUCUUCUGGAUUUCUACUCCCAUAGUUAUUUUUUUGGAUGUGGAUAGCAUUCCUUCUCAUAAGUCACUCAGAAUUGUCCUGGGUCAUUGUAUUGCUGCUAGUAGAGAAGUUCAUUACAUUCUAUUGUGCCACAGUGUAUCAGUCUCUGGGUACAAUGUUCUCUUGGUUUUGCUCCUUUUGCUCUGCAUCCAUUCCUGGAGGGUUGUUUUUUUUUUUUUCCAAUUCACAUGGAUUUUUUCCAGUUCAUCAUUCCUUUCGGCUCAAUAAUAUUCUGUCACUAUCAGAUACCACAAUUUGUUCAGCCAUUCUCCAGUUGAUGGACAUCCUCUCAUUUUCCAGAUUUUUGCUACUACAAGAAUGUGGCUAAAAUAUUUUUGUGCAUGUAUUUCCCCCUCAUUAUCUCUAGCUUACCUGGAUCAAAGGGCAGGCAUCCUUGUAAAGCCCUUUGGGCAUAGUUCCAAAUUGCCUUCCAGAAUGGUGGGGUCAAUUCACAACUCUGCCAGCAAUGCAUUAGUGUCACAAUUUUGCCAUAACCCCUUUAACAUUUAUCACUUUUCUUUGCUGUCAUAUUGACCAAUCUGCUGGGUGUGAGGUGGUAUCUGAUUUGAUUUACAUUUCUCUAAUUAUGAGAACUUUAGAAUAUUUUUCAUGUGCUUAUUCAUAGUUUUGCUUUAUCUGAAAACUGCCUAUUCAUGUCUCUUGUCCAUUUAUCAAAUGGGGAAUGGCUUGAUUUUUUCGUCCAAUUGAUUUAGAUACUCAUAAAACUGAGAAAUAAGACCUUUGUCAGAGGUUUUUUGUUAUAAAGAUUUUCCCCCCAAUUUGUUGCAUUGGUUUUGUUUGUAUAAAACCUUUUUAAUUUAAUGUAAUCAAAAUUAUUCAUUUU